AAAAAAUCUGUACACGAAUCGAAGUCCUCGUGGGGCAGCGGUUGCUGAAAGUCUGGCAGAGACAAAGCAAGUUGCCUAGAAUAGAGUAUGAGAGUUAAAGAGUGAAAGAGAAGAGAGAAACAGGUUCCCAAAAGAGCGUACGAGAGAGAAGCUAGUUCUCUCAGGUCGGAUAGGAAAUCUCGCGAAGGAUAGCAGGCGAAGGGCCGAAGAUGAAACGCUCUGGGGGGGAAGGGAGGCAAGAAAAUGUGGAGGGGGAUCUCGAGGGAGAAAAGGGAAAUCGGGAGGGAGAUGAAGGAGUAAGUAAAGGUUUAGUUCGCGCCGUAGACCAGGGGGGGGGAGGGAUUGAGUGGGCAAGAGGCGAUAGACUAGCUUAGUGUGGAUGUGGG